AAAUAGUGUAAACUAAAAGCUGGAAUCUCACAGGAAGACUCACAAGCCGGCUUUCUUUCUAAACACACGCUAUCUAUCAGUUAUCUCUUUAGUCUUAAAACAAAUAUUUUAUAGUUUCUCCCUACAAAAUAGCGUUUCGUUUCUACCUCACCCUGUUAUGCUAUCUUCAUUCCUUGAUUUUAUCCAAUUUUGAUCAUUUAUAUUAAGAACUAGAAUUUUUUUUUGAUAUGGGGUUUUGAUUUUAUUCGUGUUGUUAGAUUAAGUUGAGUUGUUAUGCAUUUGGUAUCUCGAACUUAACGAUUUGAUUGAAAAAGUCCCCUUUUCAUUUUUAUUUUUGGGGAAAAAGGAAACAGUUUUUGUAAAAGAUUAAUGGGUUGCUUUCCUUGUUUUGAUUCGAGGGAAGAGGAGAAACUGAAUCCUCAGAAAGUUAGGGCUGAUCGUCAUGAAGUCCACCCAUCUGCGCCUACAAACAUAUCCAGAUUAUCUUCCGGGGUUGAUAGACUCAAGUCUAGAAACAAUAAUGUAAGCCUACGGAGGGAGUCAUCAGGGCCUAAAGAUUCACCAGAUGCUCAAAUUGCUGCUCAAACCUUCACUUUCCGUGAACUUGCAGCUGCAACAAACAAUUUCAGGCCCGAUUGCUUCUUAGGGGAGGGAGGCUUUGGCUGUGUAUAUAGAGGGCAUCUUCAGGGUAGUGGUCAGGUUGUAGCUGUUAAACAACUGGAUAGAAACGGAGUCCAAGGUAACCGUGAAUUUCUAGUGGAAGUUCUUAUGCUGAGCCUUUUACAUCAUCCGAAUCUGGUGAAUUUGAUUGGUUACUGUGCGGAUGGUGAGCAGAGACUUCUUGUUUAUGAAUUCAUGGCGUUGGGAUCAUUAGAAGAUCACCUUCAUGAUGUUCCGGCUGAUAGAGAAGCAUUGGAUUGGAACACGCGAAUGAAGAUAGCUGCAGGAGCAGCGAAAGGUUUGGAGUUUCUUCAUGACAAAGCCAACCCUCCCGUGAUUUACAGGGACUUCAAGUCGUCCAACAUUUUGCUGGACCAGGGAUUUCAGCCGAAGCUCUCUGAUUUUGGGCUGGCCAAACUGGGCCCCACCGGAGACAAAUCUCAUGUCUCCACGCGGGUCAUGGGCACAUACGGUUAUUGUGCUCCAGAGUAUGCCAUGACCGGUCAACUCACGGUCAAAUCCGACGUCUACAGCUUCGGUGUCGUAUUUUUAGAGCUUAUCACCGGUCGCAAGGCCAUCGACAGCACUCAACCACACGGACAACAGAACCUCGUCACAUGGGCCCGGCCUUUGUUCAAUGACAGAAGAAAGUUCACAUCAUUGGUGGACCCACGGCUGGAGGGUCGAUACCCAAUGAGGGGGCUGUAUCAGGCUCUUGCGGUUGCAUCCAUGUGCAUUCAAGAACAGGCUGCUGCUCGCCCUCUUAUUGGAGAUGUUGUCACUGCUUUGUCUUAUCUUGCAAACCAACACCAGGGCUAUGAUCAACCCAGGCCUAAACCUGAAACAAAUGCAAGGAUUUUAUCAACUAAUACUGAAGAACAACAGGCUGGAGCCUCAGGGCGUAGCAGAUGGGAUUUGGCUUUGGAAGUUGGAUCAGAGAAAGAAGAAUCUCCUAAGGAAUCUGCAAAGAUGCUGAAUAGAGAAAGGGCUGUUGCUGAAGCAAAGAUGUGGGUGGAAAAAAGAAGGCAAACUGCUCAAGCUGCCUUCGAUGCCAACAAUUGACAAUGCCUACUAUUAUUGCCUAUUGCCUAGUACUAGUAGUAUCUUUAUAUGUACUACUACUACAAACUGCUAUAUACUUUUUUAAAAACCUCAUAUUCCAUCCUGUCAUUCCCGACAUUGGCAGUAAUAUUGUAUAAUUUAGUGAUCACAACAAUGAGUGCGAAAUUCCUGGAAAAAAAAAAUACAAGAAACAGAAAUCAAACAAAAAUUAGGUUGGAUUGUCAUGGAUUUCUUGAUUUUCUUAAAAGGAGUACAAAACAGUUAUGGUUUUGUCUUAA